UAAAUUAAUUCAUACGGAAGUAGAAGUGGUGGUCCGUCCACCCCCCUUUUUGCAACAACAAAGAUAAGGUUGCACGCCCACCGUCUCAGGUACAAAAUAAGCGACUUGUUAAUUUCUGCGCGGUGAAAGUCCGUCGGCGCGAGGAGGAGAGUGACCCUCUUGCUCAUCUCGUCCCACAAGAUAGAAAGCAACAGCACAGCAGUUCUUCACUCAGUUUGCACCUGAAGAGGAUCGAGUUAUGUCGAAGGACUCGUGCCAGGGAUGAGCACAACGAUCAAAACACUUGUCCUCCUCUGCUUCCUGGCUGCCCAUACGUGUGCGGAAAAUGACCUGGACGAAACCGAUGAACUCUACCAAGAGGAUAGAAUUCGGCGUCCAGGAAGUCCACCAUGCGCCGCUCGACUGGCGCCCGCUCUUGAGCAUAUGCGGCGAAAAAUGGAAGAGCCCGCCGGAAAAGUGAUGAACUUGAAGGGCAUCACAUUGUACCAGCCGAUAAAAGGCGCCCAGCUUGACAUGUACAUCACCAACAUAAAGGUGCAAGGCCUUGGACAGAGUCACCUGGAGCGGUGCAGAUUCUCGCGGUCAAACUCGACCCUGAUGACCAAUCUCGUCUUUGGGGAGAUUCUGGCCAAAGGAACUGUUCGGCUGCGGGACACAUCUCCAUUGGGCAUUUUGACUUGGCUGGUUAAUAAUGUCAAGUGCGACAUCACACUUAGAAUGCGCGGUGCCCCGUUGGAAGUUGCUGUGAGUGGAGACGCGUACCGUCGAGGCGCCGGGCAGCAAGUGCAGCCGACCUCUCGCAUGUCCUCCCGCUUUCUGCCCGAAGGCAACGCCAGGACCGAGUUCAAGGGCUGCGAGGAGCCCUUGAAUCACAGGCGCCGCUCAUUGGCAGACCCCGACGAGGACGGUGUGGAGGAGCGGACCCGAAACUGGUUGCGGACGCCGGCCAUUGUACGUCAGAUGGAGGUGGCCUUCCUCGCCGGUCUCCGAGAAAUCAUGGGCGUCUACAUGGAGCGACAGCUGAGGACGUCAAUGACCGACACUCUCAUGUCUUACAUGGGCUUUACUGUCUCCUAUGGAUGAAUUUCUUCCAAUCUCGUACAAAUCAUGGAGUUUUUUUCAUUUUAAAUUAUUUUUUGUCAUCUCUGGAUUGUUCUGUUCCUAUUUUCAUCAGAUUAAUUUUAAUAAUAAAGGAGAUUAAUUCUCAUCUAUUUCCA